AUGGCCUCCCACCGCAUCGGCGCCCGCGUCGCGGGCCUCUCGCCAGAGCAACUCGUCGCCAUCAUCGAGGCGCAGGCGGGCGCGAGCGACGCCGCGCUGCGCGUGGCGGAGGAGCACGCCGCUCGGCUCGUGGAGCAGCCCGAGUGGGUGCUCUCCGAGGUCCUCCUCUCGCCGGACCUCGCCCCGCACAUCCUCGCCCAGCUGCCGACCAAGGCGCACGCCGUCAAGGGGACCCCCUACGCCCUCGGGACGCGCACCGCGCUACUGCUCCCGGGCCAGGGGUGUAAGGGAACACACUAG